GUGACACCAUCAGUCCGUUGCAGCCCCCUGUGGCAGGAUGACUCCAGGAUGCGGAUGAUCUGCGGUACAGCCACAGCCUGGCCAAGGUCCGCAUGCCGCCACCACCCCGGACCCUGUCCCCCAGCCCGGGCCGUGCAUUCCCGCCAGGCAUCCCUGUGGACGCAGGAAGCACGGGAGUGAGUCUUCUGAGCCCGCGGAGCAAGCAAGUGGCUGACGGAGGGACCCCUGGCCGGCGGCUCCUUGGCUUGUCAGAAACAUUCUUCCUCAGCGACUCUGCAAGAUGACCAGCCUGUUUCGUAGGAGCAGCAGCGGCAGCGGCGGCGGCGGCGGCGGCGGCGGCGGGACCGGGGAUGGCAGCGCAGCCCCUCAGGAGCUCAACAACAGCCGGCCGGCCCGCCAGGUGCGCCGCCUGGAGUUCAACCAGGCCAUGGACGACUUCAAGACCAUGUUCCCCAACAUGGACUACGACAUCAUUGAGUGCGUGCUGCGGGCCAACAGCGGUGCGGUGGACGCCACCAUCGACCAGCUCUUGCAGAUGAACCUGGAGGCCGGUGGUGGCAGCACCUAUGAAGACAGCUCGGACUCGGAGGACAGCAUCCCGCCAGAGAUCUUGGAAAGGACACUGGAGCCGGAUAGCUCUGAAGAAGAACCUCCGCCUGUAUACUCACCGCCAGCUUACCACAUGCACGUGUUCGACAGGCCUUACCCGAUGGCUCCCCCAACGCCACCUCCCCGGAUUGAUGUCCUGGGCUCUGGACAACCUGCGAGCCAGAGUCGCUACAGAAACUGGAACCCACCGCUGCUCGGUAACCUUCCUGAUGACUUCCUCCGAAUCCUGCCCCAGCAGAUGGACAGCAUUCAGAGUCACCCUGGGAGGAGCUCCAAGCCUAGGGGUGGAGAGGGAGGACCACCUCCAGGGCCAGGACCUGCGGCCUGUGACCAGGACAGCCGCUGGAAACAGUACCUGGAGGACGAGAGAAUUGCCCUCUUCCUGCAGAACGAGGAGUUCAUGAAGGAGCUGCAGCGUAACCGUGACUUCCUUCUUGCCCUGGAGAGAGACCGAUUGAAGUAUGAAUCCCAGAAAUCCAAAUCCAGCAAUGUGGCUGUCGGAAACGACUUUGGCCUCCCCUCCUCUGUCCCAGGAACCAGUGACACCAACCCCACUGUGUCAGAAGAUGCCUUAUUCAGGGACAAGUUGAAACACAUGGGAAAAUCCACGCGUAGGAAGCUGUUUGAACUCGCCCGAGCCUUCUCUGAGAAGACCAAAAUGAGGAAGUCAAAGAGGAGACACUUGCCGAAGCUUCAGUCGCUGGGAGCUGCUGCAUCCACAGCCAACCUCCUGGAUGAUGUGGAGGGUCAUGCUUAUGAUGAAGACUUCCGGGGAAGGCGGCAGGAGGUGCCUAAGGUGGAAGAGGCCCUAAGAGAAGGACAGUAAGAGGUGCCAGCAGCUUCGCCUUGCCAGAGCUGUUCUGACCGGGUGGAGGUAACCAGAGAGGAACACCGGUGCCCUCCAGCUGCAGCCGAGACAGACGGUGCUUGCAGACCACGGCCCAGGCUUCUUCGGCCACAGUCCAGCCCAGCCACUGCCACUUUCCACGGGACUUAGAACUUUCAGAGUUGCUUGUGAUUGGAGGAAGAACCUGGAGCCUUUGAGACAGCAGCCAGCCACAACCUGGUCUGUAGUCUGUCUCCUCUACCGCGGAUGAGCAGAAAUUCAGGAACCACCCCUCCCUUUAAAAAAAGAAAGAAAAGAAAAGGAAAGAAAGAGGAAAGGAAAAGAAGAAAGAUCCCAGAAAGCACCAAGGUUGCAGUUAAAGAACUGGCAAAAUGAUCCAUCCGGAGCCUCUUUGGGCCUGAAGAGGGCUUUCCUGCUUCUCCUUUCCUGUCGCUCCUGGCAUCCCCCGUCCCCUGUGGCCUCUCUUUCUAAAGGCCUCCUCCAUCUCAGCCCUGGCCGGAACUGCUGACUCUUGGCCCCGACCCGCACAGAACUCUGGACACUCUGGUCUUGCCGGGUCCAGCUCAUAGGGCUGCUUCUAUUAAGGGCUGGCUGUUAGCUCCGGCAGCCUCCUCUUGACCCAGCAGGGAUGGGGAGGGUGACCCCGGAGCUGGAGGAUUCUAUCUAAGCCUGGUCUUUAGUUUGGCUGAAGACCUAAGUUGGUUCUUGAUUUACAUCACAGUGGGGCUCCUCAGGGGCCGGACUGGUCCUGCUGUUUUAUAAGGCAGGGAGGUACUGGAGUUUCGGGGUGAGGGUGACCCCAACUGAGAAGGGUGCAGGGCUGAAGUGCAAGUUGCCGAGGCUACCAGCCUGGGGCAGGGGUGGGGGAUGGGGGAGCACCUGGGACAGGAACUUACCGGGUGCCUCAAGUGGAGACCCAGAGGUGAUCUGAAGAACAGAGGUGAUUCUAGGAACGCUUAGCCGGCACCAAGGGGCUGGAGGCCGCAAUUGUGCCCCGCUCGUUCCAUGAUCUGGGAACUCAUCGACCUUUAGAGAGAGCUGGGAAGCCUGGGCAGGCGUGGGGCCCUGGUUGAAAGUGGGAUCCGAUGCUUGGGUGGCGGCGGCGGCGGCGGCGGGGCUGCUAGGGACUGGUAGGAAAUGGGAGCGUGGUGGAAAUGGGACCGCCAUCACCUCCACUCCGGCCGGCGGAGCUUCCCCGGGCUCGGGAGUGCCGUGCACACAUCGUGACCAAGUUUGGAAACGUGCGUGCGCGGUGCAGGAUGGGGGUGGGGGACCACGCUGGCACCCAGCCAGUCCUGUGACCCCCGGAGAGAAGGACACUUCCCCACCCACCACGAGCCCGGGGCGGCUAGACUGUGCUCCUGACGGGUCUGGACCUUCCCUGCUCCGGGGUCAGGCACAGGAAGGGAAAGCUCUAGGUCUCUGUGUGUCACUGCGUUGUUUUUAUUUCCUCCUGUGUGUGGUUUUUAACUUGGAGCCGUUUCAUAGGAAUUCCGGUAAUAAAGACUUGGUGUUCUCUUGG